UUGAUUGCCUCAGCGGCUUGUAAACAUAAUAAUUGGCCGAGUUAAUUGUUUAUUUAACUCAAAUAGCCACAACAUGGACUUUGACAGUCCCGAAGAGAAGGAGUUCCCCGGCUUGUAUGCCUCCGAAUCCACAUCGAAAAAGAGCAAAGAGGAAAGCGAUUACAGCGAUGGUGAACAUGAUAAGCACAGCAAAAAAGAUUCAUUGCUUAUCGGACGACGGAAAGAUAAAAAGGAUAAGGGCAAGGAUCGGGGCUAUGCAGCACUUGAAGGUGAAAGUUCGCCUGAGGAGGAGCUAGACACCAAAAGCCCUUCGAAAUCCAAAAAAUCAAAAACGUUUAAAUUCACAAGUUCCAAGAGCAAAGAGAAGCGUGAGAAAUCACGGGAUAAGGAGAAAACGGACAAGGAAUUGAAGCAAGUCGAAGAAGAGCCACAAAAGGAUAAGGACAAAGCACACGAGGAGAAGGAGCACAAAAAGAAAGACAAGGAGCGCAAAGAAAAAGAUAAAAAAUCCGAAAAGAAGGAGAAAGACAAAAAGGAGAAAAAGUCCAAGCAGGCGCAUCAGGAUGACGUCAGUGCAGAGGAGGCACUAGCUCUUGGCUAUCCCGUUUUCGGAGUAUCCGUGAGCUUAGCAACCGAACGUAGUCGCUGCCAUGAUGGCAUCGAUUUGCCGCUGGUCGUGCGCGACUGCAUCGACUAUCUACAGGAGCACUGCCUGAAAUGCGAGCAAAUUUACAAGGUGGAGCCCAUUAAGACGCGUCUCAUGCACUACAAACGAUUGUAUAACAAUCGGGAAUACGAUGCCGAAGUGGAUGAAUUAAAUUUACCUACAGCUUGCAGCCUUUUAAAGUUAUUUCUGCGCGAGUUACCAGAACCACCGCUCACCACAGAUCUGAUGGCACGUUUCGAAGAGGUAGCCUCGCAUCCAGAGGUCACCAAGCAGCAGGAAGAACUCCAACAGUUACUCGAACAGUUGCCCAAAUGCAAUCGCACACUUUUGGCAUGGGUCCUCUUGCAUUUCGAUGCGGUCAUACAGCAGGAGCGGCACAACAAACUGAACGCACAAUCGCUGGCCAUGCUGCUUAGCAGCACACUUCAGAUGUCCCACCGUUUAAUGGUCGCACUCUUGUGUCACUGCAAUCAACUGUUUCCAGACGUCAAGCUGAUAAAAUAUGUGCCCCCACUUACAUCGUCCAGUCCCAAGUUGCCGGAGAAGCCAGACGAUAUACAAACAGAGUUGAGAAAACAGGAUAGUCUGUUGUCGCAAAUACACAGCGAAAUGAAUGCAGGUUUCAUAACAAAGAAGCGUGAGGAACAGCUCUGGGAAGUACAAAGGAUCAUAACUCAGCUGAAACGAAAAUUGAAGAGCUUCGAAAAGAAACAAGAAAAAUCUAUCGAGGAGCUGGAAAGCACAGCAAUAGCAACAACAUCACCAACAGCUGCAACUUUAACAACAGUACCUGCACCUGUUCCCGUAGCCACCAUAAGCGAAGAUACCACAGAUUCUAAGCCACCUACGAACAACAAGAAAAAAUCAAUUGAUUUAAGUGCCGGGGUUUCCGUUGAUGAAGUAAGCACGACAAGUGUGGAAUCAAGGCCUCAAAUAGACUCGCCCGUGGCUGUGCCGGAAUUCAUCAUCGACAAAAUUAGCGGCUAUGUUUUGUUGCCGAAAACAAAUCCACAUCGAGAUGAAUUAUUGCGCCUUCAGAUCGAGUACGAUGAAUUAAUUGCAUGGCAAAAUGAACUAAAAGCGCGCAUUUUGAGCGAACGCAACGAAGUGUUUAGAUUAAAACAACUGUACGACCAGAAAUUACAACGCCAGCAGGCUACAAUGGCUCCCGUGCCACAGCCAACUGAGCUACCUGCUGAUGGCGACUACGAACGCGUCAUUGAGCAUUAUACGCGUGAAAACGCGCUUCUGGAGCAUAAAAAACAAAUGUUGGGCAUGGAACUAAAGGAAGAGAAACGCGCCUGCAUUGCUCUACAAGUAGAGCUGCGAAUGCAACAAUUUCAAAUGUAAUUUACAAUAUGAGUAUUUAAAACGCCAAGCGAACAAAAACAAAAAAGCUUCAGUUCAAAUAAAAGCUUACGCUCACUUAAA